GAACCUUGGAUCGGAGAUUUUUUCUCCGUAUUUGACACUCAAACACUUGUUAGGAAAAAUUAGCAGCAUAGUAAGCUGUAUUAUUACUAAAGCAAUACAUAAUAAUUAUUCGUUUCAUUUAAAUCAUAGUUUUAUUUAGUCUUUCUACAUUAAAAUAAUGGCUCGCGUACUUGUUGGAAUUAAAAGAGUAAUUGAUUAUGCCGUAAAGAUUCGAGUUAAAUCUGAUAAAUCAGGAGUCGUUGUUGAUGGAGUUAAGCACUCGAUGAAUCCUUUUGAUGAAAUUGCCAUUGAAGAGGCAGUACGCAUGAAAGAAAAAAAAUUAGCCAAAGAAGUUAUUGCUGUUAGCUGUGGUCCAACUGCAUCUCAAGAAACUAUUAGAACGGCUCUAGCUAUGGGAGCUGAUAAAGGAAUACACGUUGAAAUUUCUGGUAAUGAAGCUGAAUUUCUACAGCCAAUACACGUCUCAAAAAUCUUGGCCAAAUUGGCACAAGAUGAAAAAGUAGAUUUAAUUAUCGUUGGAAAGCAAGCAAUUGAUGAUGAUUGCAAUCAAACUGCUCAAAUGACUGGUGGAGUUCUUGGUUGGCCAACAGCCACAUUCUGUAGUAAGAUUGAGCAUGGUCAAAAUGAAUUGACCGUUACUCGCGAGAUUGAUGGUGGUUUAGAAGUCGUUAAAGUAAAGACUCCAGCUGUACUUAGUGCUGAUUUGCGCUUAAACGAACCUAGAUAUGCAACUUUACCAAAUAUUAUGAAAGCUAAAAAAAAACCAGUAAAGAAAAUUUCUCCUAAGGAUUUAGGCAUAGAUAUUACUCCCAGAAUACAAAUUAUAUCGGUGGAAGAUCCACCAGUACGCCAAGCUGGAUCGAUACUGCCUGAUGUUGAUACAUUAAUUUCUAAAUUAAAGGAAGGAGGGCAUUUAUAGUUAAAAGAUGAAAAAUGUAGAUAAAAU